GGCGUACGUGACACGUCUGCGCUGCCGGAUGUUCCAAGAUGGCGGCGGCGUUUGCUGCUUUUGCUUCUGCCUGCCUGUCACCGAGGCACCGUUAAAGCCGGUUGGCGCUGCUUGUGCUACUGCUGAGCGAGCGGUAAGCAGUGAGUGCAUGAAGUGAAGCCAGUUCCAUAGCAUCCUCCAGUAAUUCUCCUGAGCAACUCAACUAGGAGUCUGUCAUGCAGCCUCCGCCACAAACCAUCCCCACUGGGGCAGGCGGGCCCCCUCCACUGGCAACAUCACAGAACAUGUAUUGGCGAAGCAAUCCGUUCGGCAAGCGGGCCACCGUGCCAGUCUCUGCAGCCGCAGGCCCGGUGCAACCCGUGACAGACCCCUUUGCCUUUGGCAAGCAAGCCCCACAAGGCACCCAGUUUGCUGCCAGCAACAACCCCAGAGGCAAUCCACCUGUUGUGCAAGACUUUUCUCUAGCAGCGUUUCCUCCACAUGCAGCAGACAGUCCUCAUGGUCUGCUCUCAUUUUCCCCAGCAGCGCCUGCCUCUCAACCUGGAGGAAACAGUGCAUUUUCGAGUGUGGCAGCCCCCAUGCCAUUGUUUGCUCCACAAGUCACAAACAGUGCCGAAACGCCUUUUAGCAUUGAGCCUGGCAAGCGUACCCAUAGCCCUCUGGGGCAGCAUCAUUCCAUGGGGAUCGCUCUUGAAAAUUCUGUCAGCGGGCACCAGGGGUUGGCUCCUAUGCCAGACAGGCCUCUGAGCAGGCAGGAGGCUGGUGGGAAUCCAAGCAACCCUGCUUCCCUGUCAGCGUCUUUGUCUUUCUUCUCUCCUGCCCAGCAAACUGUGCCUCAGUGGAAACCCUCCCAAGGGAGCUCAGGGCCACCUCAGGGCCAGGCUUAUUCUUCCUACCCAGAGCCACCAUCCCAAAACACCCACUAUGCUGUAACUCAGUCUGCUGCUGGUGUUUCCCAGCCAGGUCCCCACAUGGAGCCCCAUCAGAAUUCUCCGCAGCAGCCUCUCGUUCACAAUGCUGCUCAGGCCCCAUUGAUGUAUGGCGAUGUCUCCAGCAUGACUUCCAGCCAGAGCUCUGGUCACCAUCACACUGCUUGGCAAAACACAGGAGCAGGGUGCCCUUGGCCCGGCCACCUCCCUCAAGAACACUUUUACCUGCAACCUCUUGAAACAACUUACACUCUUGGCAAUCCCACCACUCAAGAAAACGAAUCCUCAGCUGAACCUCAAGGCGCAUCUGAAGCGGCCAGCAGGCAGUGCCCGACCAAUACUGAUUCAGGUACAGUUUCCAUGUUUUUCAAAGGAGAUGAGGCUGAGAAUGAGGAAAUCCUUUCAUCAGAAGGAGCCGAGCAGGCCAGCAGCAGCGCUGACACUUUUCAACAGACGAUGGGCCACACAUACUACCAGCCCCUCCACUCUCAGCAGAUCCCGGCAGCGUCUUUCUCUCCUAUGCAGGCAAGCACAGCUGAGGGCCUGGAAGCUCAGCAUCCCUUCAGAGCCACCUGUGAGCCACCUGAUGCCCAGGCUGGCAAAAGUGCAGCCUUCCUCACUGAAGACAAAGCCAGCCUUGCCGAUGCUCGAGGGCCUGUCAGUACGCAGUACGAAAACAUUGAGAACCUGGAGUGCGUUCCAAACCAGGAAGUCCUGCCGAGCGAGCCUACAAACCACAGUCGUUUGUCUCCCGGGGUGGCCCCAGAUCCGACCAGGUACACCUCACUGCUAGGCCCAUCACUGCCGAAGUCUAGCGCCACCAGCCGUCUGGAAAGAGGGCCAAACCUUGAAGCGCCUGAUCUGUUGCCUCACCCCAUCCGGUCCGACAGUGUCUCCUCCAACUACAGCAGCCUGAGCCAGUGGAGUCUCCCCAGCGCAUCUCAGCCACAGGAGCUGGGCACAUUUAUCCAGCAGGAGAGCGGGAAGCUCCCAGAGGAGGAGGCAUCAUCGUCUUCCUCCAUGGGCUUCUUCAAGCAGAUUGAUUCCUCCCCUUUGGGAGGGGAUGGUAGCAGGCAGAGCCCUGGCAAGAGUUACCACCACAGCGGCCCUCUGUCCCAUGCACCCACCCCAAGCCCCCCCAAGCCCAUGGGGGUCUUUCAGACGAGCGCCAACAGUUCAUUCGAGCCUGUCAGGUCGCAUGGGUUGGGGGUCAAGCCCCCUGAGGCUGACCAAGCAAAGAUGGUGGCCGAGCUGAGAGAGAGCCUUUCAAGUGCCAAGAAGAGCCAGGCCACCCCAGUCGCCUCACCGGGGAACCUGGAGCAGCCUCCCGAUAAUCUGGAGACCCUUUUCGUGCCCCGGGACUACCCCUUGCCUCUCACAUUGGGGAGUGGUGCUGCAGGGCCUCUGCAACCCAGCGGUGGGUCCUUGGCGGAAAACGUGCAGUCGGUCCCUGAGAAGAAACUGCCAGGCAGGGCCCAGGGAAACAGGAAAAAAUGUGAGAGCCCAGCCACUACGCUCUGGGCCCAAAGUGAGGUGCCAAAUUUUGGGGGGAAUGUGCUGUUGGCCCCGGCUGCUCCAGCAGUGCAGGUGCCGACCAAGCAGGCAGCCCAGGUGCUCCAGCCACCCGAGGAAGGUUUGCCUGGCCAGCAGUCCCUCUCACCAGGGUCCGUUCCCCACCCACCAUCCCUGGCUGGGAAUGUGUCUUCCGAAAACUUGGAAAACCCUCCCAAGCUGGGGGAAGAAGAGGCUCUUCGCUCCCAGGCGAGUUCGGGUUACGCAAGCCUCCUCUCCUCCCCACCUACGGAGGCUCUGCAGAACCAGCCCGUCCUGAUCGCCCAGCCGAAUCAAAGCUACAGCUUGGCUCAGCCAGUUAAUUUCUCCCUCACUGAUCAGCUGAGCAAGAGUGAAAGCAGCCACUUGGCAAAAGAUCCCGGGGGUGGCAAUAAGCCUCUGCUGGGCUUCCACACCAGCAGAAACCCUCAUAGUGAAACCAUGCCUCUGGGGCAACCCAGACCUGCAGGUCAGGCAUCUGUUUCUGCUGCUGCUCUGUCAAAUUCUAAUUUUUUACAAAAUCCCCUCGGCACUUCUGAAAUGGCCUCGAAUAAGCCUUCCCCCUCACUGAUGCACCCAGCCUCCGAAGGCACCUUCAACUUAGCUUCCGAAAGCCAAAAGGCUAGUGUUUCAGAAGGGCUUCCUUCAGACUUGUCUGGCAAGUCUAGGGCUAAUGCCUCCAGUGUGACGUCAACCCCUCUGACCCUCGCUACGGGCCCUGUGAACAGCAGUCCCAAGAACUCAGGCAGUCAGGAGCUUCCCAGAGUACUAGAUUUCACGGUAGCAAAGUCCCUAGAGCAAAGCAGCACCACCAGCUGCACCCAGGUGCAUAACCAGUCACUCUCCAGUGGGCUGGUGUUUGGUCACCCUGGCCGAGGGGAGAAUGAGGUUCAGGAUCCACAGCAUUUCUAUCAGCAGGUCACAAAAGAUGUGCAGCUUCCGGGUGGCACUUCCCCCCAGCAGCAGCAGCAGCAGCAGCAGCAGCAGGUAGCAUCCUCAGGGCAGCCCCAUGCUCCGUCCAACCCCCAGGUGCAUCCUGGAAGCAGCUCUUCCCAGCAGCCCCCAGGCCACAGGACUUAUGAGGCUGAUGGGGGUUUGGUCACCUACGCUCAGGCGUCCAUGGAGAGCAAGCCAGUGUCGUCGAGCCAACCUCAGAGUGCUCCGGCUGCCACCAGCCAGACUAAUGCAGUGACAGUGGCUGGUCAGCCAGCCGGGAUCCCCUCUCAGCAUGAGCCGCAGCACCCGCCGCCUUCUCAGACCCCCUGCCAGACCACCUUCAUCCAGCCACAGAACCCUUACUACUACUAUGGGCACCCCUACAACAGUUAUCCUUCGUACCAGACGCCAUACCCUCCAGUGGACCCCAGGACUGCUCACCUUUAUUACCAGGAGCAUCCAUACGGCCGAUAUGAUCCUGCCUCCCAGCAUUAUGACACCACGGCACCCAGUAGGAACGCUAGGAGCUAUCAUCAGGGGGAGCCAGAACGCCCCAGCUCCAGAGCAAGCCACACCUCUGAUAAACCCUCCUCCAGGCAGGGAUAUCCUGAAGAUUACUACAACACCAAAGGCGGAUGGAAUGAUUACUACUCGGACUAUUAUGUAAAUCCCUAUGAUUAUGGAGGUCCAAGCCGUUACCCAUACGACGCCAGGUACAGAGACCCCAGUGUUUACGACCAGAGGUACUGGGAUUACCCAGAACAGCACCCUUACCAAAAGAGAGAGGCCUAUCCCUACGCAAACAGCCACGACCAGUAUGAGGAGCACUGGCAGUAUGACCCCCGUUUCACCGCCAGUUUUGAUGACCUAGAGCCUCGCCGGAACCACUAUGGGGACGAGUUUGACCGACACAGUGUUCACAGCGAACAGUCUGGCCACAGCCUGCGCAGCUCCCACAGCCGGCGGAGCAGCUUCAGCUCGCGCUCCCAGCAGAGCCAGCUGUAUCGAAGCAACCAUGACCUGACAGCUGGCACCUAUGAAGCGAAUCACCAACCAGUCUCACUCCACACAGAGUAUUCCUAUGACCACUUUGCCGAGCAGUCCCCUUUCAUGGACAGUUAUGCAACUCAAGCUGCGUGGAUGACUGUGGAACAAGCCCCUUCAAGGCCUCUGCCGCCUGAGAAAUUUUCAGUGCCCCAUGUCUGCUGCAGGUUCGGUCCUGGGGGCUACCUGAUCAAGGUCCUGGCAAACCUGCCUUCAGAGGGGCAGCCAGCUUUGGUUGAGAUCCACAGCAUGGAGAUGGUGAUGCAGCACUCUCUGGAGCAGGAGGAGAUGAGAGCCUUCCCUGGCCCCCUCACCAAAGAAGAGACUCACAAAGUGGAUGUUAUCAAUUUUGCCCAGAACCAAGCCACCCGGUGUUUUCAGAAUGACACUCUGAUCGACAAGGAGUCUGCCCGGCUCCUCUGGGACUUCAUCAUUCUCCUGUGCAGACAGAAUGGGACAGUCGUGGGCACAGACCUUGCUGAGCUCCUGCUGCAGGAUCAUCGCACAGUGUGGCUCCCAGGGAAAUCACCCAAUGAAGCUAACCUGAUUGACUUCACGAACGAGGCCCUGGAGCAGGCAGAGGAGGAGUCUGGAGAAGCCCAGCUCUCCUUCCUCUCAGACAGCCUCAUCGCCACCAUUGGCAACCUCGAGAAGGAGACAGACCGGUUCCGGGAGCUCUUGCUCUAUGGCCGCAAGAAGGACGCUCUGGAAUCAGCCAUGAAACACGGGCUCUGGGGCCACGCUUUGCUGCUGGCCAGCAAGAUGGACAGUAGGGCUCACGCAAGAGUGAUGACCAGGUUCGCCAACAGCCUCCCAAUCAACGACCCCCUGCAGACUGUCUACCAGCUCAUGUCCGGGAGGAUGCCCGCAGCAUCCACAUGCUGUGGAGAUGAGAAAUGGGGAGACUGGAGACCCCACUUGGCAAUGGUCCUUUCCAACCUGACAAAUAACAUGGAGGUGGAGCACAGGACGAUCACCACCAUGGGCGACACGCUUGCUUCGAGAGGCCUCCUAGAUGCUGCUCACUUCUGCUACCUGAUGGCUCAGGUUGGAUUCGGAGUCUACACAAAGAAAACAACUAAGCUGGUUCUGAUUGGCUCAAACCACAGUUCACCUUUUUCAAAGUUCUCCACCAAUGAAGCCAUCCGAAGGACAGAAGCCUACGAAUAUGCGCAGUCCCUGGGGACACAGCCAUGCUCGUUGCCCAAUUUCCAGGUUUUUAAGUUUAUCUAUGCCUGUCGACUGGCCGAAGUGGGGCUGGCCGCACAGGCCUUCCAUUACUGUGAAGUGAUUUCCAAAGCCAUCCUCAAGAACCCCUGUUACUAUUCCCCGGUCCUGAUUAGUCAGCUGAUCCAGAUCUCCCCUCGGUUGCGGCUCUUUGACCCUCAGAUAAGGGAGAAACCUGAGCAGGAAUUUUUUGAUGAACCUGAUUGGUUGGUACAACUUCGAAGCUUAGAUGGGCAGAUCAAGGAGGGCGGGAUCGCUUACAGCGCAGGGAGAUCCACACCUCAGCAAUAUGCCUGCAGCACACCAAGCUCUGAACUGGACCAUGUCAGUCAAAGCGAGGGGAUGGGGGCUGGUCAUGAGAUGCUAUCCGGCUCUGACAACCCACUCCUGGCCUCUUUGCUUCCUGGCACAGGUCACCCUGUGCAGCCGAGUGUCCAGCUGAUGCCUUCCGCUCCCCAGGCCAUCCUUGACAGCUCAGUCACUGCGGCACCUUCUUCCCAUUCAGAGGUUACUGGCCAUACGCCUUUCUACCCUGCGGCUCCUCCUUCUACAGGGCCAGGACCCAGCUAUGCCCAUGCCUAUGGAGCCGAGCAGAACCCUCCAUACCCCACGAUGGGGAUGGUGCCACAAACAGGUCCAUCCUCUCAAGCAAAUGAGCUUCAGCUGCAGGAGCAGCUCAACCAAGAUGCAGGAGUGCAAGGCGGCUCCCAGGAGACUCAAGCUUGGAAGGCCAGACCAGAGCCCAGAGAGGAUGACUUCUAUGGGAAGAUGGCAAGCAUGCAGGGCUCGGGCCGACGAUCCAGAUCCACCUCCCAGUCUUCUUCAGUUCACAUGGGCUUCGGGGUGCGAUCCCGGACCACCUCAGAAUCCUCUGUGCACUCUGUUGGGCGCGAGAGGCGGAACUCUGCAGCCAAGCAGCCCUCCCCGCCCCCACCGCCCAUCCCAGAAGGGAAGCCAAGCAAAAAAGAGCCUGAGCCUCGGAAGAGUGGAGCAACGUGGCUUGGCUGGCUGAUGGGGAAAGGCAAGAACGAAGCUCACCUCCCUGAUGAUAAGAACAAAUCGAUUGUCUGGGAUGAAAAGAAACAGCGGUGGGUCAACUUGGAUGAACCGGAGGAAGAGAGCAAGCCACCACCUCCACCUCCUUCAGGGUUCCCUCAGGUCCCUCAAGCAGUUUCCUCUGGAUCAGGAGGACCUCCCAACAGCUCCGUAAACAUGUUCUCCAGGAAAGCAGCAGGAAGCAGAGCCCGGUAUGUCGACAUCCUGAACCCUGGUGGGGCCAAGUCACCCAGUGGUGGUGCUGCGCCCCCUGCUCCAUCAGACCUCUUUGCUCCCCUGGCCCCCAUGCCCAUCGCAGCAAACCUCUUCGUCCCAAACUCAGUUCCAGAGGAUCAGCUGCCUUUGGAGGAGAAAGGGGCGGGAGGGCAGCUGAUGCCAGGAAGCCAGAGCAACCCUGGAGUGGCUGCAGAACCCUCAUACUUAAAUUCUGCCGUGUUGCCACCUGGCUCUGAGCUCCCUCCCUCCAACCCAGAGGACUCCCAGCCUGGAGAGCUUUCGCGCUCUAGCUCAAUGAGCUCAUUAUCACGUGAAGUAAGCCAGCAUUUUAAUCAGCCACCUUCAGGAGGACCCCCAGCCGGCACAGUCCAGUUUUACAACCCUUCCCAGUUUGUGCAGUCUGCUGCAGCUUCAGGAAACUCAAGACAUGGCAGAAUUGGACAGAGAAAAUACCCCACCUUAAAAUAGCACCCAGCAAGUCUGUCACCUGGGCCGUCACACAUGAAUUUACAAAGAAUUUCUCAAAAUCCCAUGCCACGUACAGAAUCUGUCCUCUCUCAUAUUGAGGGGAAGAUUUGUUUUGGUGGCUUUUCCCACUGAGACUCUUGACUUGCAUCAGUCAUCAAAUGCACCCCGUUACGUAAAAGCCAGCUGGAGUGUUCUAACUCCAGAGAGAGACAAAUCCCCAGUAAUGAAAUGGCUACUCUCUGCUGCAAGAAUCAAAAGAGAGGUGUGGAGAGGGCUGUCCUCCCCCCACCCUUUGGCUGACUUUGAUUGGAAUCCAUAUAUUCUUCAGUGGUUUCUGAAUGCUUUAGGAAAGGGGAGCUCUUUCCCAAUAUUUAGGGGGAUAUUUGUCACCUUUAACACUGCAGUUUGUGGCCUUACAGGGAUUGGGGCACAGUUUUAUGCAUAUAAAACCACCAGCCUGCAUUUGUUGCUUAUCCUGAAGCAUUUAAGAGAUAUUUGGCUGGGAUUUUUCUUGACAUAUUGACCUUUCUCCCACAAUACACCUCCUCCCUUUGAGUGGGAGGCAGGAAACAUAGCUCAUCCAAAUAGAUAUAUGUAUAAUGAAUUAAAAAAGGAAAAAGGAAAACUGUGAUUUGUAAUUAAAAAUUAAUUGGAAGUGGAUUUUCUCUAGUAUGUAUGUAGUUUGUGUUUAGGCUCCUUCUGCAGCCACUGUAUAGUUAAAAAAACAAACAACUCCCAGAAGCUCUUUAUAUCGUAGAUGAUGCUCUCCUCUCUCUGGCGAUUCCUCUUGAAGUGCAAUAUAUCUCUCUCUUUCUCUCUCUCUCAAACUCUUGGUUAUAAAUCUCUAAAUUAAUGCAGUAAUGGUUUAAAGGUUGUUGUUCUUUAAGUGAGGGAGGGUCUUUCUCUUACUUCAUGAUCAGAAUCACUGUGGUAUUCUAAUAAAUCAAGCAGAUUUUGAUUUAGCCAACCUUCCCUUUGAAGUAGGCCACACUCACACCCUCUUAAGCUUGACAGAACCCCAACAGGAGGGAGACUUAAAUAUUUAUUUAUGUGCUGGGUUAAGAUUUGCUCUGGUAGUGAUGGAGCCAAUUCACUCACCCACCACAACCAAUCAUGCUGAAGAGAUGAAAGAGAUGUUUAGUUGGAGGCACUGUUAUGCAGUGGUUCAGCUCCUUCCUCCUGCAUCAUGUCCAGAAAGGAGUGGGAAGUGAAUGGACUCCUGGGCACUCACUUGUGGGGUGCCUCAGGUUUCUGUCCUCUCUCCCCCAUGCUUUUUCACACUGAAACCACUGGUAGAGAUCAUCAGGGGGUUUGAGCUAGAUGUUCACCAUAUGUGGAUGAUACCCAGCUUUACCUCCUGUUUAAAUCAGAACGAAUGAAGGUGGUAAACAUACUAUGCGGGUGUCCAGAGGCAGUUGGGGGAUGGAUGGCAGCUAAUGGAUUGAGGUUGAAUUUUCACAAGACAGAUGUACUGUUUCUGGGGGACAGAGGGUGGGCAGGUGCAGGGAAUUCCCUGGUUCUGAAUGGGGUAACUGGACUCCUUAGACCAGGUGUGCAGCCUGGGAGUCAUUUUGGACUCACUGCUGUCCAUUGAGGCAUAGAUCAACACUGUCCAGGGCAGCUGUCUUAUCAACUCCAUCUGGUACACAGGCUGAGACCCUAUCUGCCUGCACACUGUCUCGCCAGAGUGGUACAUGCUCUGGUUUUCUCCCGCUUGGACUACUGCAAUGUGCUGUAUGUGGGGCUACCUUUGAAGGUGAUUCAGAAGCUACAACUAAUCCAGAAUACGGCUGCCAGACUGGUGAUGGGGAGCAGCUUCUGGGGCCAUAUAACACUGGUCCCAAAUUAUAUCUACAUUGGCUCCCAGUACGUUUCCAAGCACAAUUCAAAGUGUUGGUGCUUUAAAGCCCUAAACGGCUUUGUCCCUGCAUACCUGAAGGAGCAUCUCCACUUCCAUCAUUCAGCCCAGACACUGAGAUCCAGCUCUGAGGGCUUUCUGGUGGUUUCCUCACUGCGAGAAGUGAGGUUGGAGGGAACCAGGAAGAGGGCCUUCUCAGCAGUGGCACCCUCCCUCUGGAAUGCUCUUCCAUCAGAUGUCAAAGAAAUAAACAAUUAUCUGACUUUUAGACGACUUCUGAAGGCUGCCCUCUAUAGGGAAUUUUAAAUGUUUGAUCUUAAUUGUGUUUUAAUUUGUUGGAAGCCACCCAGAGUGGCUGGGGUAACCCAGUCAGAUGGGCAGCAUAUAAAUAAAUCAUGAUGAUUAUUACUGAUUUAUUAAUAUUGACUGGAGUGUUUAUGGGUUAAAUCCACAUAUUUGGAAUCUGGAAAGCCUUAAAUAUGUGAUGAAGGGAUUACUUGUGUUCAGGAGGAAUUGUUAACGAUCCACAUUCAAGAGCCCUGGACUUUUUGCUGACAGUGUGAUGAUGGCUGCUUCUUUUUUUACCUUCCAAGUCUUCUCAAAUACUUGUGCCCCACUGGCCAUUCUGCCCUUUUUGUGCAGCUGUCUCUGAUUCUGUGUCUUUUCAUGUGGACCCGCCAAAACAUGUUCUCAGCUCAAGAGGUUUUCCUUGGCACAGAGAGCCUUCUCCCUGUCCUCUCUAAAUGUUAGAAUCAACACACUGUACAUUCUUUAAAAAAUAAAAUAUUUUGUGCUCUGAAGCACGUUUCACAA